AUGGGAUGCGAAUCGACGUCGUGUCCUGGCUGUCGUGGGUAUACUCACUCCCAUGAUUCCAACAACGGCAGCAUAGAACACACACGGCAUGGCCCCAUCGAAUGA